CUGAAGGGUACGUAACAGCGUACCUAUUCUUGGCAGGGUCUGAAGUCUCCCCAAGACCAGCUCGCUUCUUGCCACGUCGACGACGAGUGCUGCGUCUGCGAUCAUGGAGGGCGGCAUUUGGGCAUUUUACUACCUGCAGGGCGAGGACGGUGAGGAUCGCUCGCACCCAAACGCCUUCAAACUGACAGGACUCUCUCCUGGCACUGACGUGACGCUCGCGGACGUACUGCGCAGCUUCCCACUGCGCAACCCUUCUGCCUUCCACUUCCGUUUCCGGCUCAACAGUAGCAAGGGCAACACUUUCUAUUGGUUGGACGUGACGCAGCCCACUCAGAAGGUUCCUCUAGCGGGUGGCCGCGUUAUCUGCAAGCUGUUGCGACUGGAGCGACCUCAGAAGCCAGGACUCGUCUUCCGACGCCGACCCGUGCUCAAAUGGGCAAGUGGUAGUCAACCUCCCAAGCGCCAGGGAAGCUCCAGUGCUCUGGGUGACAGCUCCAGCAGUGUACAAUCCGCUAAGGCUGUGCAGCCGUUGGGCGAAAGUAGCAACUUCCAUCGAUCGUCAUCGUCGCCUGGUUUCGAGCAAGGACGGCCGGCCAAGUACUCGGAUCGGGCACCUGGAAGUGGCAACGGAGCAGAGUCGCGACAUAGCAAUUCGUCUAGCCGUACAUCGUCCACUUCUGGAGACAAGAAACCGGUCUCAAGGACAGGAUCGGGAUCCAAGACGACGGAGGCACAGGGUAACCUGGAAGAUUUCCUGUCAGGUGGCCAGAAAGCGUCGGGUGCUGCAGCUACUCCAACACCUUCGCCGCCUAAGAAGGAUGUAAACCUCAUGAGUGACAGUGGUUGGACCGAUGCACCAGCCACACCAGCACAACCAGCGAACGCUACGUCGGACUUCCUGAACUCGAUGGACCCACUGGCUGCUCGUGCGACGCCUGCUCAGCCUUCACCGUCGAAAGCGGUGCAGAGAGAUCCGCCCAAGUUUGACGAUGACAACGGACAGACUGUUGGUCCUGUGACCAUGGCAGAGAUGGAGGCGCACUCGAAAUCCACAUCCGACGGCUCCAACGUGUACAACCCGAACCUGGUGGACAAGUCAACCAAGAGUGACGAUGUACGCCGUGCCAUGGAAGAACGUGAGCGACAGGUGCAACGCGAUGUGGAGCGUGCUCGUGAAGACUUGAGGAAACGAGAAGAAGCGGUGCGUAACAUGGCCGCCAUGAAGGACAGUGCCAGCGCAGUUCUCGGUCCCAGACUGAAGGCGUGGGCAGAGGAUAAUGGUCGCGUCAAGAACAUCCGUACGCUGCUAUCAACAAUGCAUCAGGUCAUGUGGGAAGACUGCAAGUGGACUGAGGUGAACAUGGGCAAGCUCAUUCAGCCGAACGAUAUUAAGAAGCACUACCGGAAGGCCAUGAUCGUCGUGCACCCUGACAAAUCCGGAGGACGCAAUGCUGAACAGUUGCUGAUCGCGGAGCGUGUCUUCGCAGCACUAAACACUGCGUGGGAAGACUUCCAGAAGACGAAUCCAUGCUAGAAACAGCAGCGCAAGAAGAGUUACAACUGCUGUCAAGGCAGCUGCAUACAGGUACACAACAAUCCCAUGAAUAUCAAAUGCACCUUGAGAUAUAUCUGCACGCGAAGCCUGCCUUUCCAUUCUCAUUCGUUGAUCAGUAGGCUGGGUUCGCAUGCGACCGCCUAGGCACUCGCUUUCCCUCGACGUGGGUCUUUGGAUGCAGACGCCUACAUUUUCUUGAUCACAGCGUGGUUUCGCCAGUACUCGACCGCCUUCAUGUACUCGUCACGGUCGAGAGGCACACCGGAGCCGCCCUGCUCUUUGCCGACAGCAUUCCGCAUCAUGGUAAUAGGCUUCAUGGGUAACUCGUGGUCCACAUCCUGUGCCUUGAUAGACACGAUACCCCAUGGGGAAUCGCCGUGGUCCGGGUCGGCCGGAACGUCUACAGCCUCGUUCUCCUUGAUGAUCUGUUCACGGCUGUAGAGGAUAAUGUCCAGGUACUCGGCCACCUUGGGGGUCACGCUGUGGCUCGGGAACCAACGACCGAGUCUGCAGUAACAAUCGCAACUUCUGUCAGUGUUUGAACAAAUAUGAGCAUGCUCCAAGGCAGCAACGUACACGGGCAGUUCGUAUUCCGUGCGGGCUUCGUAGUCCGACAUAAGCAUGUGGGCAUUGGCCUGCGUGAUAGCCACCAUGUUGAGGCGAGCACCUGUGAAGUUCUUGAUGAACAAGUGCUUGCAGAACGGCGCGUAGCUGUCGUCAAGCAAUGUCAGUUGCUCUGUUUAAAACACCAGUACAAUGUAAUACUGCAUACCCGUCCACCAGCUGUUUGUUGUUGGCCUCAUAGAUCUCGUUCACC